AUGGAAACCAAUUUCAAAAUAUGCGCAUCUUGUCUUCAGGAUGGGGAGAACGUAUUAUCAUCGGAAUGGUGUUGGGACUGUAUGGAAGGUCUUUGUACAGAAUGUGCGAAAUACCAUAGAAAACAAAAACCUUCGAGACAACACAAAAUUGUCGUUUUAAACAAUAUUACAAAUUUUGAUUUGCUACUAAGUUAUAUCAAAAAUAGUUGUCCUAUACACAACAACCAACCGCUGUUGUUAUUCUGUGCAACACAUCGCGAACUUUGUUGUAAGUUGUGUGUGGAAACGUCUCAUUUGGACUGCCAACAAUUGAUAACAUUAACUGAGGCCGUCACUACCACAACCAACGAUGAUGUUACGGAGAAAUUCAAGUCAUUGGAGCAAUUGUUGGAAAUCAAAACAGAAACCAUACGAAAAAGUCUUGUCAGUCAAGGCGAAGAAGUUGUACAGAAGGUUCAGCAGAUACGAAAAGAAAUUGACAAAUAUUUUGAUAAGUUAGAAGAAGAGGUGAAGAAACAUUUGAUAGUUAAGCAUGAAUCAUAUUUAAAGUUAGUUCACCAAGAAAAUUAUAGUGUUGAGGAAUGUUGUAAUGAAAUAAAAAUUAUGAAAGAAUUUAUGGGUGGACUAUCUGAUGACAUACCGAGUGAAAUUUCGUUUCAGGUUCGAAAUGAAAUGAUAAAGAAACUACAAAACCAUAAUAACAAAUUUUCGAGUUCAACCAAGCAAGCCUUCCAAUUCUUGUUUAAACCAGUAGACGUAAUGUCUGCAUUAGAAACACAUGUGAAGUCUUUAGGAGAAAUAUGCAUUACCCAGAUAAGUGAUGUAUGUCACGUUUCUGAUAACCAAAUUCCGUGCAAAAAGACAAAUGAAAUAAAAUAUGAUAGAAAAAGCCUCCAAUCUGAAUCGACGGACAAAGCUGGGUGUGAUACAAAAUGUGAAACGACUUCAUAUGAUGGCAGUGAAGACAAAGAAAAGAAAAACACUAACAAAGGCAGCAGUGAAAAAUUGAAAAAAACUUUGGCAACAGGGGACCAGAAAUCACAAAACGACAGAAAAAAAAUCAGUGAGAUGAAUGUAGAACGAAAAACAGAAAAAGCUUCCCUUACUCACAUACUCCAACUAUCUGUACUAGGUUCUAAUGUAACUUCUACAGAAUGUUGUUACUUACCAGAUGGAAAACUUGUGUUAAUUGAUUCUACCGGUAAAUUUGUUAUGUCAUGUAACGAUAAAGGUCGACAGUUGAAAAAGGUGUCUUUAGCACAAGAACCUCUUGACAUUUCGGUUUACGACAAUACACGACUCAUAGUUGCUCUGGGAAUGAAUGGAAUACAAUCGUUAAACAUCGUAUCACUACGUCCACUUGGGAAAGUUAUAAACCUUGGAGGUAAAUGCACUGCUGUCACUCAUGACAAUGAACAAGUUAUUGUUGCAGUUGAUGAUAAACUGAAAUUAAUCACAAUAGACGGCAAACUUAUCCGUCAUAUAGAUCACCCUGGUUUGGUUUGGUCUCUUUCUGCAGUAUUUAAUGGCAAAAUAUACUACUCAGACUUUUUUGAUGAUGACGACGUCCUUCACUGUAUCAACCUGGACGGUACAAACAUAUUUUCUUACCAACACCCAGAACUUAUUGGCCCAACAGGAGUUGCAGUGGAUACACACGGAAACGUGUACGUAGCAGGACUAAGUUCCAAUAAUGUUCACCAACUAAGUGGAGACGGAACACUAUUAUCGAUUAUUCUAACGAAGAAGGACGGUAUAAAAUAUCCAAGAGGGAUGGCUUAUAAUCGCGAAAAGAGGGAGCUUCUAUUGAUAAAUCAAGACAGGAAAAUAAUUCAGUUUUACGCUAUUCAUUGA